GCUUUUAGCAAAGUGUUUAGCUACGCCCACGUAUAUCAAUUACAUCUUGUUUACUGCUCUGCCAAGAAUGUCAUUGUGUGUCAGAUGAUCUACAUACGGUAGUUGCAUAGUAAAGCACCGUAGCAAGAUGGCUAUCACCUAUAAAGUGCCAAAUGAACCGUUUGAGGGAAGCCCAGUGAAAAGGCCACAGCCAAAACCAAGGUCAAAAACACUAUGCCUCUCCGUCUCACAAAAGUUGGAGGGUAUGGAUCGUUUUGACCAGUGGUCUUCUAAAGAUAGCGUACAGCUACGAGACAGAUCUAGCAGUUACAGUGGAGGACAACCACCUCAACCAAAGCCAAGAAUAUCAAAGUCCGUACGGUACGUGGAUAGACCUACUGCAAGCGCUGGCUCUUCACUACAAGCUGACAGAUUCACAAAAAGACAAAGUUUACAGUCCACACCGUUAGUUCAUGCACUCCACGAUAAACUGUCGAAACAGCUAACAAUACACGAUAAAACUAUGGAAGCAAGUUGGUCUAGAUCACCUGAGAGCACUACAGAUUCACCCAAAUUAAAAAAGGGUCCCUUUUCACUCAAUAACUCAUUAAUUGACAAAAGACAGCGAGCGAGCUCUGAGUCAAAGAAGGUGACCAGGACACCACCGGAACGUCCUCCACCAUACAUUCCAAAGAAGAAAAAGCAGUACUCGUUGAGCAUGUCUCACUCUAAGACUCCACCUAGAAGACACCCAGGCUUCAACCCUCAUCACUUCUCCUCACCUCCUCCAUUAGUACAAACCACUCCCACAAUCAGAGAUAGCAGCUCUCUUGUUCCCAGCAUAAGUGCUGCCGAAGGUAUAGAGGUUUCUAGAGGACAGAAGCAUCCACCAAGGAAGAUACUUGAAGGCCAUCAUGACUAUGAAGAACUAGACAAACCAGUGCCUGUGGAUGAUCCAUACGAAGCGCUUGAUAACUCAAAUGCAUCCUCUGAAGAUGAAGAUGUAGUUGAUAGCAAAAGCACUACUACUGGCGUACCUGACUUACCUCCUAGAUCCAUCCCUCGAGUUGUUGUUAAGAAGCAUCGCCUGUUACCCUCAUCGACUUUCGAGCAAAGAGAUGGUGAAGAGUCUCAUAAAAAUGUAGCUUAUGUACAAGAUACUGGAGAGUAUGAGGCGUUUGAUAAUCAGUCUGAAGAGUCUGAUAAUGUAUCAGAAGAUUCCUACACACCUAUGGACGGUGGUGGUAUAAAGAAAGAAGUGUGCUUUGAAGAAGAUCAACAAGAAGACAUUUACAUAGAAAUGAAUCCAAAUGAAUUCAUACAGCCACCCAAGAGCUACAAUAGUAGCUAGUCAAGAACAAGAACUUGACAAUCAUGCAUAAAAAGCCUCUAAAUGUUUUUUGUAUUUGCAAGGUUGGGGUUCUCAAAGGAAUGCUAUGAAUAUUAUCAUUA